AUGGUUGCUGCUGCUUCUGUUGGCGCUGCUGCUGCUGCUGCUGCUGCUGCAGCAGCAGCAACUCCAGACUGGCGAGCCUUGCUGCCCUCGCGAGAGGCCCUCAAGAAGUCCCUGCUGCAGUACCCUCCCACACACAACAAAUACCUUCCUUACGGCACAUCAGGUGAGACAAGAGGCCCCCAGGGGGCCCCUGGGGGGCCCUGGAGGCCCUCAAGAGGUACCAAGGGGCCCCCAGGAGGCCCCUGUGGGGCCCUUCGGCAGUACCCUCCCACACACAACAAAUACCUUCCUUACGGCACAUCAGGGUUUCGCUGCGCAGGAGAUUUGCUGCUGUCUGCUGCUCACCGCUGCGGCCUUUUUGGGGGCCUUUUGUCUUUGGCCCUGACUCUGCGGGUCCCCCCUGCUGCUGCAGCAGCAGCUAGCUGCUUGGCUAGCUGCCCAGCUAGCUGCUUGGCUAGCUGCCCAGCUAGCGCAGCAGCAAGCCCCCCCGCGAGCGCAGCAGCUAGCACAGCAGCAGACGCAGCAGGAGACGCCGCGGGAGCCGCCGCCGACGCAGCAGCUGCUGCAGCAGCUGCUGCUGCAGCUGCUGCAGCAGCUGCAGCAGCUGCUGCAGCAGCUAGCGCUAGCUGGGUCGUGGGGGCCAUUGUCACAGCUAGCCACAACCCUGCAGCAGACAACGGCCUCAAACUCACGGGGCCCUCGGGCUCUUUGCUGUCUCCUUUUUUAGAGGCCCUUAUAGAGCGUUUCGUCAACGCCCGCCUCUGUACCCUGGGGGCCCCCCAGGGGGGCCCCCCGGGGGGCCCCGAGGAGGGCCCCUGCGGCGAUUUGCUGGCAGCAAUUGAGGCUGAGGCGGAUUGCUUUUAUUCAAUAGCUGAGGAGUUGUUUUGCAGCCCGGAGCUGCUGGAGGGGGAGCAGCAGCAGCAGCAGCAGCAGCAGCAGCUGCAGCAGCAGCAGCAGCAGCUGCAGCUGCAGCUGCAGCAGCUGGGGCAGCAGCUCAAACGCUUCUACUUCUCCUACUUCGAACACCACCUCAGGCUCCUCACCGACUCUCUUCGCGAAGACAAUUUGCUGCAAGACUUUGGCGCGUCUCCUCUAUACCUGGACUGCGCCAACGGGGCGGGCUCAGCUGCAGCAGCUGAGCUGCAGCAGCUGCUGCAGCUGUUUGGAGACAAGCAGCUGCAUGCACGCAACACAGGCUCAGAGCCACAAGAAAGCAGCAGCAGCAGCAGCAGCAGCAGCAGCAGCAGCAGCAGCAGCAAUUUGAUAAACGAGAACUGCGGGGCUGAGUUCGUACAGAAGGGACACAAAUUGCCUCAGAGAUUUGGAUACCCAGGAGACCCUUCAGAGGGUCAAGUCUGCUGCGCCUUCGACGGCGACGCCGACAGGCUGGUUUACUUCACAUGGACAAGAUACCCAGGAGACCCUUCAGAGGGUCAAGUCUGCUGCGCCUUCGACGGCGACGCCGACAGGCUGGUUUACUUCACAUGGACAAGUGGGGGCCCCCCUCAGGGGGCCCCCCAGGGGGGCCCCCCUGGGGGCCCCCCUGGGGGCCCCCUGGGGGGCCCCCAGGGGGGCCCCCUAGGGGGCCCCUUUGGGGGCCCCCGCAGCGGCAGCGGCCAACGUGUGCAGGUCUUUGAUGGAGAUCGAAUCGCCUGUCUAUUUGUGCUGCUCAUCUGUAAGCUGCUGAAGGCAGCAGGCGCUGCGCGGAGCGAAAUGGGGGCCCCCGAGGGCCCCAAGGAGUUUAGUGGGGAGCCGCUGCAGGUGGGAGUUGUACAGACAGCCUACGCAAACGGCGGCAGCACAAAGUUUUUGGAAAGUCUUGCUGCAGCUGUCAGCAAGUGGGAGGCCCCCCGAGUCCAGGUCCCAAACCCUAAACCCUAA